UUUUUUUUUAUUUGGACCACACUACAUAAGUCGGUCCAAAAGUGAAAGGUAUGAUCAAUCGUGCAAUAAAGUUGAAGUUUUCAGGCUUGUUGUUGUUCAUGUAUAAACUCCAAUCCAAAGUAGCGUGAAAUUUGGUGGAGGCUUGCUAUUGCCUAAUGUUCUUUCUCCUCCCUAUUUCCAGGAAACUUCACAACCCCUUUUUUGGCCUCAUCUUUUUGGGUCCUAAUUCUUGAUUUUAUUAUCUGAAUCUGGCUGUUCCAUUCAUACAAACAAAAACAAAAAAAGGUUUCAUCUUUGAGCUAGCUAAAGGGGUACAAAGAUUAUUUUUUUUUAAAAAAAAUUCUAAAGAUUUUGAGUCUGAAAUAUUUAUAAUGGAUUCAGAUUCUUGGAAUCGUAUAUUUACUUCUUCUUCAAGGCGUUACCAACCUCGAUCAGAAAUCCGUAACUUAGGAGAGGAGUAUGAUGGUGAAGACGAGACGAGGCCAGAGUUUCUCUGUCCUUUCUGUGCGGAGGAUUUUGAUAUUGUUGGACUAUGUUGUCAUAUAGAUGAUGAACAUGCUGUUGAGGCUAAGAAUGGGAUAUGCCCGGUUUGUGCAAAAAGGGUUGGAACGGAUUUGGUUGGUCAUAUUACUCAGCAACAUGGAAACAUUUUGAAGGUGCAGCGCAGGAGAAGAUUUCGAAGAGGUGGUACUUCAGCUCUCUCUAUUUUAAGAAGAGAGCUAAGGGAAGGGAGUUUGCAGUCCAUCCUGGGGGGAUCCUCUCGUUUGGUUUCUCCCUCCACUACAGAUCCAGAUCCAUUGUUAUCUUCAUUUAUUCACAAUACAACUUUGGCUAAUGAAAUUCCUGAUGUUCAACCUUUAUCUUCUAUUAAGCAAAGCUCAAAAAAAGAAAGCACUCUUGAGAACUCAUCUGAAAGAACUGUUGAGCGAUCUCCGCUAUCUGACAAAGACCAAGAGGAGAAGGCCAGGAAGAGUAAGUUUGUGCAAGGGCUACUGCUAUCUACCUUUCUUGAAGAUGACAUCUAAAUGCGAAGAGGAUAAUGUUAGCAUGGAUAGAGAAAGGAAGAGGAUGCUGCCAUUUUGUGUAGUAGUUAGGGGGGGAAGAGGAAACUCGUAAAAGUCCUACUUAUGUGUAUAAUAUUAAAGACUACACUAGUUUUCCAUCUUCAAUGUAGCAACAUGCUAAAAUACAUAUUCCAAUUUUAAUUGUGGGAAGCAACACGAAACAUAUGAGUGUAUAGCUAGUUUCACUAAAAUGAAGCAGCCAGCGAAAUGGCAUUGGCAUGCA